UGGGACUUCGAUCUCUUUAUUACUGUUCCUGCUCCCGUCGACGACAAACGCUAUCUAAUGACAGUGCGGCCCACAAUCAGCGAAUCGUGAAAUAACCUCUUGAACGUUUCUUUCUCGGUUUUCUUUUAUCAGCAAGAGCAGAGUCGAGGGUAUCAACAUCAACUGCCGCGUGCAAUCAAAAUAGAAAUUGAAAUGUUCAACUGAAAAUGAGGUGAAAAAUCGGCGUCGUUCAAUUAUUUUCGACGAGUGCAUCUGCACAAACCUUAUCACUGUUGGGCCGAAUUGUGUGUUGACGUGUGGAAGAAGAAUUACUGAAGAAAUCGAGAAGUCUCAGCAGGAAUGUUCGAAUCCGUUUUAAAUCUGAAAGCUUAACCAAAGGCGGAAAAAAGUGCAAUAAAUGUGAUAAAGAGAACCCGGUCCGGCCAGCACCAGCGGAUUCAAAGUGAGCGAUAAGUUCCCUUAGAAAAGUAUCGUUUUGUGUUUGAAAGUGAAAAUUGGCGAGCUCAGUUCUGAUCGUACGCCCACGGUGACAACAACGGCGGGGGAGCAGUGCUUCAAGUUAUUGCUGACUUCUUGUGGUGAAUGUACCUUCGUUUCGCGACGGAUUUUCUCAGCUGGAUAAAGAGCGCGAAGCAAGCCAUCAUGUCUAAUGCAACAGCUUUAUUUGAUGAACUCGACGGGUGUCUGCAGUACGUCGGCGGCACGGGAGGAGCUUUGGCUUUGACGGGGGUGGCUGCUGCGACCGCUUACUAUUACGCCACGAGACCAACACCUGAAGAACCACUAGUGCCUCUAGAUAAUCAGUGUCCCAUUGAAGAUGGCCCUGAACAAAUCCACGUGUCCAAAUUCUUCAAAGAUGCCAAGGAUGGUAAAUACGUCAACAGCCUGGCAGAUGAUGCUCGAACGCUGUAUCAGACUUUCCGAAAAGGAGUCAUCGCUUCAAAUAAUGGACCCUGUCUGGGAUGGCGGGACACUCUACAGUCACCUUAUCAGUGGAUGAAUUUUAACGAAGCUUUAUUGAGGGCGAAAAAUUUCGGCUCCGGACUGAUUGCCCUUGGACUGCAACCCGGUCCAAGUACCUUCGUCGGCAUAUACUCCCAGAAUCGUCCCGAAUGGAUCCUUUUUGAGCAGGGCUGUUAUUGUUACUCGUUGGUUAUUGUUCCUCUGUAUGAUACCCUUGGACCCGAUGCCAGUGCGUUCAUCAUCGAGCAGACGGAAAUCGCCGUUGUGGUGGUGGAAGAUGACAAAAAGGCCAAUCUACUGUUGGAUAAAGCACCCAAAUCUCUUCGGAAGUUUGUGGUAAUCAAAGAAGUCCGGCCAGCAACGUUGCAGCGUGCCAAGAAUCGCGGCAUCGAUAUUCACACGUUCGACGAGGUGGAAAAACUGGGCGCUGCCAAAUCGUUCCCAGAGGUGGAACCCAAACCAUCAGACAUCUGUACGGUUUGCUAUACAUCGGGCACAACGGGUAACCCGAAGGGUGUUAUGUUGUCGCACAUGAAUGUGGUGUCGGGUGUGGCCGGCGUAUUCAUGCAAUUGGGACACCAUAAACCGCGCGCAGGGGAUAUUAUGAUUUCGUUCCUCCCGCUGGCACAUAUGCUCGAGCGGUGCUGCGAAAACGGUGUCUACUACAAUGGUGGUGCCGUUGGAUUCUACUCAGGAGAUAUCAAGGAACUGACCAACGAUUUGAAGGCCCUGCGACCAACUUUGAUGCCGGCGGUUCCGAGGUUGCUGAAUCGGGUGUACGACAAAAUAUAUUCGGAAGUGGCGCGAUCGCCGGUCAAGAAACUGCUGCUCCGAAUGGCACUGAACGCGAAGGAAGCUGAAAUCAAACGAGGAGUGGUGCGACGGACCAGCAUGUGGGACAAGGUGGUGUUCCGAAAGGUUCAGGAAGGAUUUGGCGGCCGGCUGCGGCUGAUGGUUGUGGGAUCGGCUCCUCUAUCGCCCACCGUACUCACAUUCUGUCGAGCGGCUCUUGGUUGUCUUAUUUGCGAAGGCUACGGCCAGACGGAGUGCACCGCUCCGAUUACGCUGACCGUUCAAGGUGAUUUCGUUCCUGGGCACGUUGGUCCGCCGGUGGCGUGCAAUGCUAUAAAACUGGUCGAUGUGCCAGAAAUGGAAUACUAUGCCUCACAGCAGCAGGGAGAAAUCUGCGUCAAAGGUGCCAAUGUGUUUAUUGGUUACUACAAAGAUCCCGUCCGGACAGCGGAAACGAUUGAUGAAGACGGCUGGCAUCACACCGGCGACAUUGGACAGUGGCUACCGAACGGUACCCUCAAGGUAAUCGACCGCAAAAAACAUAUCUUCAAGCUGAGUCAAGGCGAGUACAUCGUUCCGGAGAAGAUCGAAAAUGCAUACAUUCGCAGUCAGUACAUCGAGCAAGUGUUUGUUCACGGUGAAAGUCUGAAGAGCUGUGUCGUAGCGAUUGUAGUGCCUGAUGUGGAAGUGAUCAAGCACUGGGCCGUCGAGAACAACAUUCCGGGAACACUCAGCGUACUGUGCAGCAAUCCGGACGUCAAGCAACUUAUCUUGACCGACAUGAUCGCCUGGGGCAAGGAAUUCGGACUCAAAUCAUUCGAGCAGGUCAAGGACAUUUACCUACAUCCGGAUCCAUUCUCGGUUCAGAACGGACUGCUGACCCCGACGUUCAAGAGUAGACGGCCUCAGAUCAAGAGCUACUUUGCACCUCAACUGGACGACAUGUACAAGCACCUGGACUGAAUAAGAUCCUUAUAGUUUCUGCCGUGUUUAGAGAACGAAUGCGAGAGCUUGAUAGGAUUGAAGAGAGCGAGUACCAAAAUUUUAUCAUAUGUGACCGUCAACUGGGUUUUUCAAUUACUAAGUAUAAGACUAAAACAAAUUCUCGAUACCAGCCAGAGUUAUUUAACCACAGUCUGACGAAUGCCGUGCGCAAGCGCAAACCAGCGAGAGUGUGUUGUCAUGUGUGUAUGUGUGUGAUUUAGAUACAGACUAUCCAGAUUACUUGAUUUUGGAUGGAAUACACCAUAAAAAUUAUAUGGUCCGGUGAAAUGACGCCGAGCGCCAUUUGUAGUGCUUUAAAUACAUCUUUGAUAUUUCUAAACCACAAAUAGCCCGUAUGAUUGAGAAGUAGUAACAUGUUCGUUACAUUCACUUUUGAGGAACUUUUGCAAUACUAAACGACUUAACAUUUAAUUUUGUUAGCAUAAUUUAAAACUAAGAACAGUUUCCAAUGAUGAUAAGCAAAUCUUAUCAUUUGGCUUUUUAGCAAUGUUUUAUGAAGCGUUCAAGCAAAAUAUCUGUAAUAGGCCAAGGCAUGAAUUAAAGAAGCUAACAAAUGUCUUCAACAACUUUCAACUUGUGUGAGUUUAGUCUCACCGUAAUUCUUUAUGUUCAUCAUCCUCAGACGAUAACUUCGAAGUGGCAGUCGAUUUCACUGUAAAGUUAAAAAUACUCAUAUCUUUUGAACACUUGCAUCUACUUACAUACACUGCAAUGAAAUUAAGUACUUUUAAUAUUGCAAUUCUUUCCGGUAAUUCACAAUUUCGACAAUUGUUUCUAGUGCGUCGCACUACUUUUUAAUCAUGUACGGGAAACUUCAAUCGUUUAAAUAAGAAUCCUGCAGAUUACCUAAACCAAAUCGGUAGUCUUUCCAAAUGUUCAAAGCAAAACUUAAAUUAUUCAUGAACCAAAAGUCUACUUAGUUGUUACUUAAUAAAUUAUUAAAUUUCGAAAUGUUUCGAACCCAGUUACACAAUACCUAUAGGACAAAUAAUUACUUAAAGGGAGGCAUGCUGUACAGUAAUAGCAAACUAAAUAAUGGAAUUCAUAAUGGUCGACAUCUUGAGUCAAUUUUAAAUUCUUAUGACGUUACUCUCCCGACUGAUAGAUUCGUUUCUCGGGGUUAUCAACUGAAAAGUAUCACUGACUUGAGGGUUGGAAAAAAAAAUUAAAACUACUACGAAGAUAGUUAAUAUAUUUUACUUCAUGAUUCCUAUCUUUGAAAAUCCAAUUUCCUAGUGUUAUACAAACAGGUACCAAAUUUAGGUUGAAUCUUCAGCAAUUUCUAGGUGAUCAGGUCUAGUCAAGUUUUUCUUUUUUUUCUUUUAAUAUCUGGUUAAAAAAAAACAAUACGCACGAUAAACCUUAUUUUAACUUUAAUAAGUAGUAAUGCGACAAUAUCACUUACUGACAAGGUAGUAAAUGUUUUACGUAUCAAUUUUACAUUAAAACAAGGGAAAAUUGAACUUGAUACUGAUUUUACAUAUUGAAUAAAAUAAAUUGUUAUCCUACUUAAAAGUAAUUACGAUUACAUAAUUAUGCAUUUCCAGACGCGAACGAUCUAAAUUUCAUAUUCCGGAAAUUCAAUAAAGAAAUCACAUUGCAUGCCAGCAACAAUGAGUUCUAAUAGGUUCUUCUGCUACGUUAGUUCGAAUAGAAUGAAAUGGCAGAGACGUUCCUAAACUUACGUCUUAUGAAGAAUGUUUAAACCUGAAACCAAAAUUCACAUCAAACAAUAGGCACUCGAAGCAAACAUCAAAUUCACAUUCAACAGAUGAAGGAAUGAUUAUGAGCAAAUUUGUUAAAAAGUAGAACACUGACACAUUACACGUUACUGGAAUAACAAUACAGAAACACACACAGAGAGAGACAAUUUGAUAAAAGAAAAUGAAAAGAUACCACUUAGCGAUAUUGUAGAAUAUUCAAAUAAAACUUACUACUGAAACAUCACACUUUCUCAGCUGUUCGGGAGCGGAAAAAGAGAACAAACACAAUUGUUAUGAAAAUGAAUUUGAAACGAAUACACACACAAAUGGUACACUGAAAACUAUGAGAAACAAACUGAACACUUUUCACCGGGCGCCUAUUUAAUCUUAGAAUAAAUUGCAAUACUAUGUAGUUAGUUGAAACAGUGAAGGUAAAAAUCAAAACGACUCUA